AUGAGCUCUAUUCCUCACUAUGGGCCAGUCUUCGAAGAUCUAAAAAAGGAUGUCCCACAGUUGAAGUCAAUGAUAGUGGCAAGACAGGAGUUUAUCGAUGCGCCCGAGAGAUUGAAGGCACUGUAUUAUAUUAAGGCCGACAGCAACACCCCAGCCGAACAACCUGGACCAUCAAAUGGCAAAGAAACUGGCAGUUCAUCCAAGUACAAUCAAUAA